CGGAGCACAACGGAACCGCUCAAGGUCUCCUCCGAUGAAGCCCCACCGAUCGCAUCCUCCUCUUCUUCCCUUUGUCCAAAAGAGUGGCAGCCUUCUCUCCCCGUCGACAGAGGCCACUGCCACCUUCCCCGGAGGCCGCCUCCCUCUCCUCGUCGCCGGCGCUUCUUUUUUCCUUGCUCCUUCGUUUUGUGCUUUUCGAUGACGUCGAACCCUCUCCCGUGGCAUUGGGUCAUCGAAACCCUAGCAAAUUGCAAGCAAGUUGACACUUCCGUCCUCGGGGAUUUGAUCUUGAAGGACGCGGAGAUCUUAAUUGGCGCCCCGGUACCUGUGCGGGAGAAGGUCGCUUUGAGGUACUUGGAGAAACUCGUGGAUGUAGAUCGAGAGGAGGGUCCCUCGGAGUGGGCCUCUUCCGGUAAGAUCGAUGUCAACCGAUCAUGCGAGGAAGUUCUUUCCCGGGAGAUGCGGAAGUUUUUUCAGGUAGCAAGAUUGUUUAAUCUUGAAAAGGAUAAGGUAAACCUGCUCACUCCUGACCUUCACAAGUUUAUUCUUCAAAAGAGGGCUUCCUUAUCAGGGUCUUCUCUUGACAAGAUAAAGGCAGCCAUUCUACAGGGCCAUUGCCAAGCUCUCUUGCCGUUGAAGGAAAUCAGUGGCUUGCUAGUACAAAAUGAAGUUGAUAAUUUUCAGGGCAAGGUCAGUGAUGAGUCUCAAAGGGCAAAGAAGCUUCAAGUAAGCACAUACAACACUGAAAUGGAAUCAUUGAGACAGAGUCCAGCUGCUCCUGCACCUGAUGGUUGCAAUGGACUACUGCAAGAAGAAUGCACUAGAUCUAUACCGCAAUUUCCAAAUCAGAUUGUUGAAGGCUUCAAGAGGAUGCUACAAGGAGAUGGUGUUAAUAAUGGUGGCAGUUAUCAAAAUAUCAAUGAGUUUACUGGGAACGAAAGGAAGAAGAUUAAGCUAAGCACUAAAGAUUAUCAUGCCCAGUCAAAUGAAAAAGAUUCAGGUCUCCUUGCUCCUGGAAGUAAUACUGUCAUAUCUCAAGAAGAUGCUUCAGAAUCCAUGGAGCAUUUAGUUAAGCUAAAUGUUACUGCAACUAAUGAUAAAACUAUUAUACAGGGUUCCAUGUGUGAGCUGCCUGGUCGAGAAAACAUUGAUGCUGGUGGCGUCCAAAUGCCACAACCACAACAGAUUUCAUCUUGUCCAGUUCCUGCUAAUAUCAAUAUAAUCAUGCAAGAAGAUUCUCCCAGAGUUGGACAACGUUUGCCCUUGGAUGUUUUUGUUAUGGAUGAUGAUCAUGCUCAUUUGAUGAAAGAUGCUACCAUUACCAAGUUACCUUGUAACGAAGGUGGAAGUUUGCAACAUGUAUCUGUAGAUGGAAGUGGAGAAAAGAUGAAUUCUGCAUUCUUUGAGAAAAGCCGUUUAAAUGUUCAGCUUAGUGUUACACCAGAGAUAGCAGGAGAUGGGGAUGGCUCAUGUAAUGUGCUUUCUGAUGCUGAACUACAUAAUGAUAUAUUUGCUGCUGAGAAGCACCGCCUUUUGAGCUCCCAAGUACAUAUCAAUGAUGAUUCUGCCAUUGGUGGUUGUACAGAACAAGGUUUGUGUAUUAAGUGUGAUAAAGGCGGAGAAUUGUUGACUUGUGGUGGCAAUGGCUGUUUGAUAUCUGUUCAUGAAUCAUGUUUAGGGUCGUCACCAAUUUUUGAUACAUCAGGACUUUUUUACUGCCCCUUCUGUUCAUAUACAAGAGCUGCUAUUUCAUAUAGAAAAGUGAAGAAAAAUUUUAUUCAAGCAAGGAGAGUCCUUUCGGAAUUUAUUGGUGGAAAUUUUGUUCGAGGACAUCGAAAGGUGUCACCAUCAGGUGUUCAUAAAGAAACAAAUCAAACAAGAGUUGUUGACAAUUCAUGUAGUGAACAUAGUGCCGGCUCAAGUCAGUGUAAGGGGAAUAAGCUCAAUGAAAUUUCAGUAGAAGUCAAUGAACAUUCUCGAGUAGAACGUGAACGUGCUUGUGAUAAUUGCACCUCUCUCAUGUUAAAUGGUAAUGCUGACCUCAGCAAAGUGCAUAUUGUUCCACAAAGUAAUGGUGAACAAGUUGAGGUUGCAGAGCACCAGCACUUAAGAGAACCUUAUGCUGCUGCUGAUAACUGCCGAGGGGAUUCAUGUCAUGCUAGAGACAUUGAUGUCAGGCAAGGUGACAUUGUGAUGAUUGAGGACCAUUCUAAUGUACAACAGUUGAAGACUCCUGAGGAAGAAGGCCUCAUGUUAAAUGGUAAUGCUGACCUCAGCAAAGGGCAUAUUGUUCCACGAAGUAACAGGGAACAAGUUGAGGUUGCAGAACACCAGCACUUGAGAGAACCUUAUGCUGCUGCUGUUAACUGCCCUGGGGAUCCAUGUCAUGCUAGAGAUAUUAAUGAUGUCAGGCAAGAUGACAUUGUGAUGAUUGAGGCCCAUUCUAAUAUACAACAGUUGAAGACUCCUGAGGAAGAAGGCCAUGCUUCUGUAGACAAGGUAUUAGCUGGUGAAAAGCAUGGGAAAAGACAACUAGAGGAUAUCUUGGUAGUUGAUAACAAUGGUAGAAACAAAUCCUCUCCAGCCAAAUCUAAAAGGCAUAUUUCUCGGGCCAAGCGCUACUCAAAUCCGAUACUCCCUCCUACUAGGCGAACUAAACUCUCUUGGACUCCGGAGGAGGAGGAAUUUCUAAGGGAGGCAGUUCAUGAAUUGGGUGAAAAAAAUGAUGGUAGCAUCCCAUGGGUUAAAAUUUUAGAACUUGGUCGCCAUGUAAUUCAUAAGACUCGGCAACCAGGGGAUCUCAAAGAUAAAUGGAGGAAUAUGAAGAAGAAAGAGGCAUCAAGAACUCUUAACCGUUAACCCCAUCACCAUCUCAUAGGGUUUGUGAAAUAUUGGCCUAAGCUGUGGUAUCGCACUCCUUGGGCUUUGUUUUAGGAUAGCUAUUGUACGUGUGCGCAUCAGCUAUGUUGUACUUUUUUUUUACGCUACUAAUCUCAUCCUCACAAUGGCGAAUCUGUUUUGUACAAAUAUAGCAGCAGGUAGGCGUCAUGUGAAAGACCUCUUGGAAGAGAGUCCAGGUCAUUCCAAAGUCGGGUGAGAAUAUUCCAUGAAGCGUUCUGCUCUUUGAUAACCAAUUUGCUGUCGACGCAGCAAUGAUGAGAUUGUUUCUUUGUGCAUCUAGGCUUAUGAUUGCGUGUAUCGAACAUUCUCAGUGUUGCUGUGCAUCGUGACGUAAUUUUUUCUUUUAUUCGAAAAAAGCCAGGAAUUUUAAUUA